GUUUGACAUAAGAACAAAGUGACAAACAUAUUGACAAAGAAAAGAAAAAGUGAAAACUGAACGACUUCAACACGAAUUGCGUUUCAAUUGUGCGAGAAUUAAGGAAAAUAAUUAGUUGUUUGUGAUAUUUACUAGCAAGAAAAUAAAUAGAAUUUAAAUAAACAAAAUGUCGUACGCAUACUUAUUUAAAUACAUCAUCAUUGGCGAUACUGGUGUUGGAAAGUCUUGCCUCUUACUGCAAUUCACUGAUAAGCGUUUCCAGCCAGUGCAUGAUUUGACGAUUGGCGUGGAAUUUGGGGCGCGUAUGAUUACAAUUGAUGGCAAACAAAUCAAACUACAAAUCUGGGACACAGCUGGACAGGAAGCGUUUAGAUCGAUAACACGUUCAUAUUAUCGCGGUGCAGCCGGCGCUUUAUUGGUAUAUGACAUUACACGACGCGAGACUUUUAAUCACUUGACUACAUGGCUGGAGGAUGCCCGUCAGCAUUCGAAUUCGAAUAUGGUCAUUAUGUUAAUUGGCAACAAAAGUGAUUUGGAUUCGCGACGUGAAGUGAAAAAAGAAGAGGGUGAAGCCUUUGCACGCGAACACGGGCUUGUUUUUAUGGAGACGUCUGCUCGCACAGCCGCCAAUGUAGAAGAGGCAUUCAUAAAUACCGCAAAAGAGAUUUACGAAAAAAUACAAGAAGGCGUUUUCGACAUAAACAAUGAGGCAAAUGGCAUUAAGAUUGGACAACAGCAUUCCCCAACAAAUCCCUCACUGCCGGGUGCUGGUAAUCAGGCUGGGGCGGCUAGCAGCGGUUGCUGUUAAGUGACACUUCUCAGCUGCGGCUGGUGUUAGUGAUUUUUUCUAGUAUACAAAAACAAAAAACCAUAAACAACUAAUAGCUAUAUAUACCAUGUUUGUUCUUUUCUAAUGUCCAUUACAUAUUUUUUGUUUAUAUUUGUUUUAAAUCAAUAUAAAAAGUGAGAUGUUUGUAAGGGAGAGAGAACAACAUUUCACCAUAUACUUAAAUGCUAAGAAAUGAAACGAAUCUAAAAAUACCUACAUUUACAAUACAGAUCAAUUGCACGCAAGUAGAACAUCACAAACAAAAUAAAGUCUUUUAAAACCUCUGAA